AUGGCUCCACCUUCGAGGAUCGAAACAGAAGAACCCGCCGGCCUCGAGCUGUCCCACUCCCGCCCCGGGCUGCUGUGCAUGGCCAACUCGGGCCCCGACACGAACGGUUGCCAGUUUUACGUCACCACGGCGAAGGCGGAGUUCUUGGACGAAUCGGUCACGCAAAAGGGCCUUCUGCGCAGGCGAGCACGUCAUCUUUGGGGAGGUGUUGGAGGGCCGCGAGGUUGUGCUGCGCAUCGAGGAGUGCGCCUCGCAGUCGGGCGAUCCCCUGCAGAGGGUCGUGGUCAUCGGCUGCGCCCAGCUCUGAGGCGGCUGUCGUCGCCGGGCCCGCGGGCCCGCCUUGACGGGAAGGGGCCCUAA